AUGGAUAGGUCCCGCAGUAGCUCGUUUGCCAACGGAAAAGAAAACAGGCGACGGUCCCAAUCGCUUUCCAUUCAGUUGGAGGCUAGACGCCCAAUCUUUAGAAUCCGUGUAUCGAACUUUAGUCCCAACUUUGAUAAACCCAAAUUUGUCGAACUGCUUAAUUCCAUGUUCUCCGAUAUCAAAAGCAUUGAUUUCCAACCGCGCUAUAAUGAAAAGGGUCGUCUCUUUGGAUUUGUAACUUUUACAUCGGAAAUCGGCUAUAACGAGUGUCUUCAGUUAGGAACCUACACCUUCGGAGAUGAUGAGCUUCGUAUCGAGCCUGGCCAAGAUAAAGGCACAAUGCCUACCAGCGUAUCUCACUCUCCAUCCCCCUCUCUUUCCAGACCACCCUCGUUUUAA